UACAUAAACUGACACCCAAACACCACAAACCGUUCCAAGCACUAAAAACUAGAGCUAGCUAGCAGGGGCGACCUGAGACUCAAGAACACAAGAAACAGAGCAGAUAUGGCAGCAGUUCUUGCUUUGUUGUUGGUGGUGGCAGGGUCCAUUGUAGGAAAUUCACAAGCAGUAGAAUACGUUGUAGGAGAUUCUACUGGCUGGGUGGUUCCUUCUGCCAACACUUUUUACUCCACCUGGGCUUCUGGCAAAAACUUCUCCGUUGGUGAUGUUCUAGUAUUCAACUUUGCGACCGGAGCGCAUGAUGUGGCUGUAGUGACAGAUGAUGCUUAUGAAAGCUGCAACACAGCAAACCCCAUCAAUCAAACAAACACCGGACCGGCAAGAAUCACUCUCACCAACGACACUGACUAUUACUUCAUUUGCACCAUCGCCGGCCACUGUGCCAGCGGACAGAAAUUGGAGAUUGAUGUUGAUGGAACUGGAACUGCACCCUCACCUACCUCCCCGCCACCACCUUCUAGCGCAGCCUCCUCUCUUGUUGCUGCUCUCUUCGUCUCCUUGACGUCCAUCGCCAUUGGUUUCUUGUAUUGAUUAUUUAGUGAUUGCCUGUUAAUUUUUCUCUCAUACAUUGCUGCCUUUUGAUAUCGGAUUUAUUGUUGUGUAGUUGAUAUGUAUUUUGAGAAUUUAUAUGCUCAUCAGAUUCCAUUUGAAUAAAAACAGUUAUUUUUUAUAGAGUAAA